CCCUCCAGCCCCGCCCCCUCCUCCUCUUCCUCUUCCUUCUUUUUCAUUUUUUUUUGGGGGGGGGGAGGUGGGGGUUCGAGACAGAGUUUUUCUAUGUAAUAGCCAUGGCCUGGCUGUCCUGGAACUCACUUUGUAGACCCUCAAACUCACAGAGAUCCACCUGCCUCUGCCUCCCCGGUGCUGGGAUUAAAGGCGUGCGCCACCACACCUGGCUCUUAGUUUCUUAAUUGAAAAAUCCUUCACGUGGACCCGUGUCUCUUCCACUCUCCUAUCUUCCUGCCAGUCUGCCGAUGGCGGCCUGGCUGCUGGCAUUCAUUUGACUUCCCAUUUCUCCUCCACAUUUCUUGGCACCGUAUAGCCGUGUGCUGCUCCUUACGCCCUGUGCACGAUGGUGACUUGUAGCCUCUUCCAAUUUUCGCCGCCGCACCCCACCCCUGAAGCUGGCCAGUGCCUCCUUCUGUUUGAACUUAGCUUAAGUUCGUCAUCUAAUUUCCCCAUCAAUGUUGCGGGGGUGGAGGUAUGCUGCUGAUGUCACACUGUCAUUGUGAUUACCACCAUCUCUAACAGGCAAAGAAGGAACAGUUGUUCAUGGCAACCCCUGGGUGAGACUCACCCAGCUUAGGAAACCAGCUUGACUGCAUAGACUUCAGACAACCAUGUGAAGGGGAGUCAGAGGCCACAUUUCUGUCACCAUGGUGGAUGUGCAGUGUCUGAGUGACUAUGAGUUACAUAAGCAACUGAAGAAGCUUGGAUUUUCAUCUGGCCCAAUACUACCUUCCACCAGAAAAAUGUAUGAAAAAAAGUUAGUACAAUUGUUGGUCUCACCUCCCUGUGAAUUACCUGUCAUGAAGAGACCCCAAAAGCCUCCCUGUGAACUACCUGUCAUGAAGAGACCCAAAAAGCCUCCCUGUGAACUACCUGUCAUGAAGAGACCCAAAAAGCUGCAUGGAUUUGAGGACAGCGAUGACAGUGAAGAUCCAGCGGUAAAUAUCGUUUUGAAAGGAAAUAUCAAAUUCUCCAAAGACAAAGGCAAGGGAUGUAAAAAAAAACCCGAGGCUUCUCCUAGUAAAAGAGGGACCUUAGACAUCUACCUGAGCCAGAAACCCACCAAGGGAGUCAGGUGUGCUGCAAGACUAAUUCCGAGGAUCCAGCAUGGGUGCUUUACCAAAGAGGACUCCUGCCAAGGGAACCAGAGCCCAGGGACCAGGUUCCCGUGCCGGAACCCUGGGAACAGCAUCCCGUGCCGGAACCCUGGGGACAGCAUCCCAUGGAGCUUGAAGCUGGCCAUCCUUGGCAUAUUCAUCAUUGUGUUGUUCGUCUAUAUAACCGUGGAAAAGAAGCCACUCUUGCGUUAAAACCCUUUCGGGGCAAAGCAGAAGGGCCAUGGCUACAGCCAGGCAGCCCCCCAGCCCUCUGCCCCGUGUGCUCCCUGCCCUGUACUGGCUCUCCAGGCCACAUCUGGGUUCAGCUAGGUGGAGGAGCAAGGGCUGUGUGCAUGAUGGUCUGUAAGUCAAGUAAGCCAUCAUUAAAUGUGCUAACACAUCAGAGCAGAGAGCUCUUCUGUAAAGUGCCUGGGCCU